AUGGUAGUAUUAUAUCGAAGUCGUCUUCCACUUACUAAUUGUUAUAGAUUAAGCACAAAAACAUUUUUUGGUACUCACCCAAUACAUAGAUCUAAGAUACCAAAGAUACCAUCUCCACGGGCCUUAAAAAGAUUUUUAGAUGAAUAUAUAAUUGGUCAAGAUACAGGUAAAAAAGUUUUAAGUGUUGCUGUUUAUAACCAUUACUUAAGAAUAAAUGAUAAAUUGACUAAAGAAGAAUUAGCUAAAGAGAGAAAAGUAUUGGAGUUAAAUGCUAAAGCAGAGCAAGCCAAUAAAUUGAAACAAUUACAAAAGGAAAAUGAUAACAAGGAUAAAUUUGAUUUUGAUGAAGAAUUAGUAUCAAGAUCUGAGGCUGAAGCUGGAUUGAAGAAUAUCCAGCGACAAUUGGAGAAUCUUAAGUCUACAACAAACCCCAGUCUAAGUUCGGAUAAGUUUGAUGAUGACGAUUUACAAUUGAGUAAAAGCAAUGUUUUAGUAAUUGGUCCCUCUGGCUCAGGUAAAACGUUAUUGGCUACCACACUAGCCAAAGUUCUUGAUGUGCCAAUUGCCAUCACAGAUUGUACUCAACUGACCCAAGCAGGUUAUAUCGGUGAAGAUGUUGAGGUCUGUAUUGAAAGAUUGUUGGUUAAUGCAGAUUUUGAUGUAGCCAAAGCUGAAAAAGGUAUCAUCGUUCUUGACGAGAUUGAUAAAUUGGCUAAACCUGCUGCUAGUAUUGGAACCAAAGAUGUAUCAGGCGAAGGUGUACAACAGUCAUUAUUGAAAAUUAUUGAAGGACACAAAGUGGAAAUAGUAGUACAAAGACCAGUAAAAGUAAGUACUGAUGAUAACAAUAAUAAAAAGACAGUUAAAAAGGAUGAAAGUUUUAUUGUUGACACUUCAAAUAUUUUGUUCAUGAUUAUGGGCGCCUUUGUUGGAUUAGAUAAACAUGUAGCUCAGCGAAUUAAUAAAUUAAAACGUCAAAAUAAACCAGUAUCUGAAACAUUAAAAGAUUCAAAGAAAGAUGAUGAAGAUGAAGAAAUAAAGAAUUUAAGGUUUAGCAACAAAAUUCAAGAAAUUGAAUUGCCCAAUGGUAAAAAAGUCUCCGCAUUUAAUCUAACUACUCCGACUGAUUUAGUUAGUUUUGGUCUAAUACCAGAGUUAGUCGGUAGAGUACCAAUAAUUACUGCGCUAGAGCCACUGCAAAAGAGUGAUUUGUACCAUAUUUUAAAGGAACCUAAAAAUGCUCUAUUAGACCAAUAUGAAUAUAUAUUUAAACAAUUUGGUGUCAGACUAUGCGUCACUGAAAAGGCUUUGAAAAAAGUGGCCCAAUUUGCAUUAAAAGAAGGCACUGGUGCAAGAGGUUUAAGAGGUAUCAUGGAAAGAGUUUUACUAAACGUCAAUUAUGAUUGUCCUGAGUCUGGAAUCAAAUAUGUUCUAAUUAAUGAAGAGACUGUGAAUUCCCUACAACAGACUGAAUAUUCCCUUGCUUCACAUGUUAAUGCUAAAUAUUAUUCUAGAGGUCAAAGAGAUGAUUUAAUAAGAGAUGUGUACAAAGAAGAUGAAACGUUGGGUAAGGUACUUGACAAGGAAUUUAGAAGGACCCCCACAAUACAAAAACACUAG